AUGAAGUUGAAGCAAGACUGCAAGGUGAGCGAAGGGCCGGCGGUGGAAGCGGCAUCUUCGGCGGCGGGGGAGGGGCGGCGCCGACAUGGAGGAACCCGGCGGAGGUUCAGAGGGGUCCGGCAGCGGCCGUGGGGGAAGUGGGCGGCGGAGAUAAGAGACCCCCACAGAGCCGCCCGCGUCUGGCUCGGCACCUUCGACACGGCCGAGUCCGCAGCCCUAGCCUACGACCGCGCCGCCCUCCACUACCGCGGGUGCAAGGCCAAGCUCAACUUCCCCGAGAAUGUGUCCCUCUCCACUCAACUCCCCGCCGCCGCAGCCCAGCCGGUCAACUCCCCGUCCGUCGUUCCGGACAUGAGGGACUACUCGCUGUAUUCCAGUCUUCUGCAGAACGCCGGCGACCAGCAGAGCGGGUUCAACCAGCUCUGCCAGUCCUCUCCGUCGCCACUCUGGGAUUACUUCUACGCCAUGGAGCGACCAGAGCACCAAGAACAGCGGCAUCAGACUCAUGUGGGUCCACUCGAAAGCCCAUGCUUUCGCGGCGAGGACUGGUUGGAACCCGGCGGCUGCCCGCCGCAUUAG